AUGUCACACGCGAUCGAAGUGCCGGGCGAAGCAAGCCCAUUGAGCUACCAGAAUGUAGUAAACACUCUGGUCAUGGCUGCUAGCUCUAGUCAACAACAGUUGAAGAUGGGAACUGCGCAGCUGCAGGCCUGGCAGAAACAGCCCUCGUACCAUUCUCUGCUCCAGGAUGCGUUCUGCGAUCACUCCCUCCCGACCGAAGUUCGAUACCUUGCGAUUAUCCAGUUGAAAAAUGGCAUCGAUAAGUUCUGGCGAAAAACAGCAACCAAUGCGAUCGGAAAAGAUGAGAAAGAGACGAUCAAAACGCGCGCCAUGCAGGCUGGCAUCAUGGAACCGGCCCGUGCUCUCGCCCUUCAAAACGCCUUGCUGAUUGCUAAGAUCCUUCGAUAUGAGUUUCCUCAUGACUGGCCCGAUGCAAUCUCUACCGUCAUCGAAUCCCUCCGAUCCUCCACGCAACCUGGCGCCAACCCUCUUCAGCUUCCUCGCACGCUCGUCAUUCUUCUACAGAUCAUCAAAGAAUUAUCUACGGCGCGGAUACAAAGAACCAGAGUGCAGCUUCAGUCCGUCUCACCCGAGCUGUUCCAUGUGCUGGGUAAUAUCUAUGUGGAAAAAGUCAAUACUUGGGUGUCAAUCUUAGAACAUGGAAGUGGCGAUGAAUCAUCUUUGCUGGAAGCAAUUGAACAGAGUCUAGUCUCUCUCAAAGUUCUGAGACGCCUCAUCAUCGCUGGAUUUGAACAUCCUGGUCGUGAUCAAGAGGUUCAAAACUUUUGGACUUUGACCUAUGAGCAUUUUGUAAAAUUUCUCUCGUUGGUGAACGAAUCAGGAAAAUUUCCCGACUCCAUCGAAAGAGCGAUUCAGAAGCAUAUUCUGCAGCUCUCUAAGCUUCAUGUUGAAAUGGCCAAGACCCAUGCAGCAUCUUUUGCGCACUUUGCGCACAGUAUUGACCUCGUAAAGACCUACUGGAGGGUGCUUCAAAAGCUGAGUGAAGUCUAUGUAAGUCUUGGCGUUGAUUCCGAGACUGAAGGUCAAUCUUUACCAGAAAAGACAGGUCUUCGGGCCUUGCUUUUGAUUAGAGCCUGCGCACAGAUGGCUUUCAAUCCGGUGCAUACCUUCAAAUACCAGACUGCGGAAGAUAAAGAUGAAAGGAAACUGGCAGUUGAGCGGAUCAAGACUGAGCUCUUCACUGACAAAUUCGUCUUGGAUACUAUGGAACUUCUUGUUACGCAAUUUUUCAGAUUCCGAAAUAUUGACUUUGAGGAAUGGGAAGAGGAACCCGAGCAGUGGGAGAAGCGCGAGGAGACGAGCAGCGCAUCUUGGGAGUUCUCGAUCCGCUCAUGCUCUGAGAAGCUAUUCCUCGAUCUUGUUAUUCACUUCAAGGGUCUACUCAUUGAUCGCUUGCUUGAUGUAUUCCAUUCAUUCGCAAGAACCGAUAACCGCGACGUCAUUUUGAAAGAUUCGUUGUAUUCUGCGAUCGGACUAGCCGCAGCUAGUCUUGAACAGCACUUGGAUUUUAAUACCUUCUUGGAAGGCACUGUUGUUCCUGAAGUCCAAAUCCAAGACCAAGAAUACAGACUCUUGAGGAGACGUAUACCCAUGGUUCUUGGGCAAUGGGUGCCCAUCCAGUACGAGAAACUGAAUAUCAAUGCUGUUUAUCAGAUCUUCCAGCACCUCUUGAACAAGGAAGACCCAUUGAAUGAUUUAGUUGUUCGCAUCACUGCCGGUCGGCAGCUGAGCCAAAUCCUGGAACCGUAUGAAUUUACACCAGAGUCCUUCAUUCCAUACGCACCGUCCAUUCUAGGCAACCUCAUGUCUUUGGUCCAAGAUGUCGACGUUGCUGAAACAAAAAUGGGAUUGCUGGAGACUGUCAGGGUUGUUGUCGUGAAGAUGGAACAUCACAUUGCUCCAUUUUCGGACGCCAUCUUGUCACUGCUUCCACCCCUUUGGGAAGAAUCAGGGGACGAGCAUUUGAUGAAACAGGCUAUAUUGACACUCUUGUCGUCCCUCAUACAUUCGCUAAAACAGGAGUCUGCUCGAUACCAUUCACUUAUUCUGCCUCUCAUCCAAGGAUCUGUAGACCUCAACUCUGAAACAUUCAUAUACCUAAUUGACGAGGCCUUGGAGCUAUGGGCUGCUAUUAUCAUGCAGACACCCACACCAGCUUCGCCUGAGAUUAUCUCGUUGAUGCCUGCAGUUCUCCCUAUCAUCGAACAAGGAACUGACAGUACACCUCAAGCUCUGAGCAUCAUGGAAUCGUACAUCUUCCUCGCACCACAAGAGGUCCUCCGUGAUGGAGUCCGGGACCAGCUAUUGAGCUCCUUGAAAGAAACACUUUCCUACACAACUAAAAUGCGGACCGGAGUAGUUCCUCGCCUCGUCGAAAUGAUGAUUCGAGGUGCUGCGAGCGUCGAUGGCGGAAGCGAGUCAACAUAUAGUAUCAUUUCACGAUCACUUCUCGAGACAUCCUUCCUCCAGUCCCUUCUGGAGGGCUUGUACUCCGCCUACGAAGCUAGUCAGACAUCUGGACCCCAUAGAAAGGUUUCAAAUGUCGUUGGUGUCAUCGAAACAGAUUACUUCUCUGUUCUUGCUCGCUUGGCGCUCGGAAACCCUACCAUCUUCGCCUCUGCUGUUGCAGCCGCAACAAACUCCACCGAAGAACAAGCUUUCCAAUGGAUUCUCACCGAAUGGUUCGCACAUUACGAUAACAUAGGUAGCACCAACCAGAAGAAGUUGCAUGCCUUAGCUCUUACCCAGCUUCUGACUCUGCAAGGCCCACCUCCAUUUAUCCUGAAUCACUUGCAGUCCUAUUUCACCAUGUGGACUGAUAUCAUCGUUGAACUCGCUGAGGGUGGCUCAGACCCCAAUGCAGAUUACCUUGUUUACUGGAACGCAGCCAAGGGCUCAGAAACCGCCAACCCAGAGAACACGGAGGAAGUCGAAACACCCGAAAAUCGCCGACGAAAUGAAUGGGAAUCUGCGGAUGCAAUCCACCAAUUCCCAAUGCGUGAUUUUGUCCGUCAACGCCUGGAACAGGUUAUCCAUGCGUGUGGUGGUGCACAGCGCUUCCAGGAAGAGUGGCUGGUCAACGUUGAUGGUGAAGUGGUCUCUGCUUUCGGUGCUCUGGGAUUGAUAUAA